GCCGCUUGUUACCAGGGCAACGGGUUCGGUUCCCAAACGGCGCGCGGGCGCUACAGGUUUGGGGCGGGGAGGGGAGAGGCCGACCAGGGCUCCAGGCCGUAGGGCGCUAAAGUCCGUUAGCGGUUGCUCCUCGCCGGGCGGUCCCUUUGCCUGUGAGAGGAUGGAGUCGAUGAGGCCUCCCCAGCUGAAUGCUGCCCAGCUGAAUCAGAAAAAGAUGAGGGAGUUGUAUUACAAAGAUCUCCUCCAAUUGGCACAUGAAAAAAAGGUGGAGAGAAUCAGGCAAUUGGAGGUGAUGUUGGAAGCUGAGGAACGGGUUGAUCAGAAGCGACUCUCAAGAUUGCUGAAAGAUGAAGAGUAUGAAAGGCAGAUGGAGGAAGCUAUUCAAAAAGCAGAAGAAAACAAAAAACUGAAAGAGCUGCAGCUGGAGCAGGAAGAAAGACUGGCAACUGAGUUGGCAAGAUUAAACUAUGAAAAACUUAAAGAUGAAAAAAUGAGGCAGCAAAUAAGAGAGAACAGUCUUGAACUUCGAGAAUUAGAGAAGAAACUGAAAUCUGCUUAUAUGAAUAAGGAAAGGGCUGCCCAGAUUGCUGAAAAAGAAGCUAUAAGAUAUGAGAAAAUGAAACGUGAUGCCGAAAUAUCACAAAAGAUGAAGGAAGAGCAGGAAAGGGUGAUAAUGGAAGAGAGUUCUGCAGAACUGAGGCGAAAUAAGGAGAAAAUACUUUAUCAGCAAGAACUGGAGAAACAGCUUGAGGAACAAGAAAAAAAGAAGCAGGAUGCUUAUGAGGAGUUUCUAAAAGAAAAACUCAUGAUUGAUGAAAUCGUAAGGAAGAUCUAUGAGGAAGACCAAAUGGAAAGACAACUCAAGUUAGAGAAAAUGAGAGCAACUCAGAAAUACAUAGAAGAAUUUAAAAAAGAACAGGCUAUUUGGAGGAGAAAGAAGCGUGAAGAAAUGGAAGCAGAAAAUUGGAAAAUAAUGGAGUUUGCCAACAUGCAGCAGCAAAGAGAAGAAGAUCGGAUGGCUAAAGCUCAAGCGAGUGAGGAAAGAAAACAAAAGCUCCAGAACAUGAUUGCGCAGAAUCUGGAAAGAGAGCAACAGGAGCGUGAAGACCUGGAACAAGUGCGACAAGAGCUAUAUCUUGAGGAACAAGCUGAGGCAGAUAGAAAAAGGGAGAUGGCAGAAAUGGAGAAGAGAAUUAGGCAGCGUCUAGAGUUAAGGCAAACAUAUGAAGCACAAUUAGCCUUCAAGAAGAUAGUACUACAAGCUUUGCAAGAAGAAGAAGAGACCUUCAGACAGAAGAUGUUAGCGAAGUUUGCAGAGGAUGAUCGCAUUGAACAGAUGAAUGCUCAGAAACGAAGAAUGAAACAACUUGAGCACAGAAAGGCAGUGGAAAAACUUAUUGAAGAGCGUCACAAACAGUUCCUUGCAGACAAAGAGCGUGAACUUGAAGAAAGGCAAUUGGAAGAGAGAAGACAAGGAAAUAUUCAUGCAAUUGUUGAAGAAGAGAGACAGAAACUUCUUAAAGAACAUGCAACUAAAUUAUUGGGGUAUCUUCCUAGAGGAAUACUCAAAGAUGAAGAGGAUGUUAAUAUGCUUGGUGAAGAGUUUAGGAAGGCUUAUCAGAAGAGAAAAGAGGACGUGUAUUCAGAAGAUAACUGAAAUUCCCCAUAAUUUGUUUUGUUGCAUACCACUAGAUGUCAUCUUAUUUCUACAUGCUGUUAAUAGUGAGAAAUUCCUGUUUAAUGUUAUGAGAAAGGGUCUCGCUUUAGUACUAAGCUUUUUCUAAAUGGUUACAAGAUCUACAGUUUUUAAGUCAAUGUUGUAGUCAGUUUGGAUCAAUAAAUUUUGCUAUUACAGUAUUUCUCAAACAAUGCAUGCAUAAUAAAAUGGACUUGCUAAGGGAAUUCACUUUAGAAACUGAUUCAUGGACAGAUUAUAGGAAUUCAGUUACAUUAGGAAAUGUCUUAGCUUAUGAAGGAGUAUUGUCACAACCACAGGACAAGUAAAACUUUUAUUUCCUCGAGUGCACCAGGGGACAGGUUCACUACUUUCACUCCUCUGUGUGGUACUAUGCAGUUUUAUCCACAGUUGGGGUUUGUCCAUACAGGGACACUCAGGAAAAAUAAUCUGAAUUAACUAAAGGUGUGAAUUUGAAGUGAUUAGUUAAACUACACUAAAUCCCUUUGUUGACACUCAUUCAGAAUAAAAAUAGCCUUAAUUUGAUUUAGCUUAAUUCACUUUAGAACCUGUAAAACCCUUCUCUUACAGCAGCUGAUUAAAGUGAAUCAAAAACAGCUUCUUCAAAAUAAAGCAUUGUUUAGACACCCAAAGGUAAACAACACACCGAACAAAGGGUUAAAAUAAAAGCAUAUAUGGAUGGGUCUUAACAAAACCAUAUCUUUCCUUAGAAACUUCAGAACAGUUCUCUCUAUUGCUGGGUUGGGAGAGAGAGGCUGCUUGCUCCAGUCUGUCUUCUCAGGGAGUCCCCAUCGGCAGCUGCUGAGUACCCCCAACCCCUUCUUCCUUAGGCCAGCAUUUUAGGUUUUAAUAUCGUCUUCGAUAUCUUAGGUGUUGGUUUGGGAAGAGUAAACCAUGGCAGCCUUGCUGGAGUCAGGUAGGGGUAUUCCCCAAUUAAUACUUUCCUAUUGUUUCCUCAAGAACCUGUAGUCUCUCAGACAGUAACUGAUCUUUGCCAUUGUUUCAGUUCCUGUUUUCCCCUGACAGCUUCCUCUGAUUUAACUCCUUAUGGGCAGGCAGGUUAUUAUUAACCAGGCUACUGAAUACACAUUUAUUUUUUUAAAAAAACACACCAGUUCCCUUGUUCUGCACAAGCAUACUUCCAGCAUAACACUAAUUGGUAAAAAUUUACUUUCAUGUUUUUUGUUAAUGAGAUUGAGGCUUAUUACUAGAUUUAAAGAUAGAUAGUCCCUUGACAGGACACUGUGGCAGAUGUAUGUUAAUGUAAAGUUAUAUUAAGCAAAUGUUUAAAAGUUGUUAAACAAAAAUGUCACAUUACUGACUUUGCUGAUCUAUGGAAAUUUACAGAUAUCAGUGUAGACACAGAGCCAUACUUCAGCAUGGAUUGUAUGAUUAUCUUAAAAAUGGCACACAAGUCAUUUAAAGAUGACUGUCCUGCAUUUACAUUAGAUUAAAAAAUGCCAGUCUAAAUUUUGAUUUUGCUGUUUCUCUUCUAUAUAGUUUGACUCACUUGGAAUAAGAAAACAGUACUGUUGAGUUACACUUUCUAGUUCAUAUUACCAGAAAAUGUUUAAAAUGAAAAGCAGUCUAUAUUUUGGGUCACAGAGGUUUGAGGCUGUGCAAAAUCUCUUCUAGGCAUUUUUUUAAAUCGGAAAAAUUAAAUGCAUGAAAACUUGUAGAACACUUUCAAAUGUACAUUACAGAACAAUUAGAUGAAAUCUAUAUCCUCACUUCCAUUCCCUAAGUAAUAAAGUUCUGUUUGUUUUUCAA